UUUUAUAAACUCUUGCUUUAAGGUUUCUUUCCCCUUCAUUGUCAUCGGUGCCUGCUAGCUUUGCCCUCGCCGUCGCCGACUCCCUCUUUCAGUAGAAUCUGAAAAUGGGUUCUCACGGCAAGAGUAAAAGAGAUAGAGAGGAAAGAGGGAAGAAGAAGAAGAGGAGAGACGAGGAAUCGGAAUCCGAGCCCCCAUCCGCGUCUGAGUUGUCCUACUCUGACUCGGACGAUUCCUCGCCGGAGAGGGGAUCGAGGAAGCAGAAAAGCAGGAGCAAGAGCAGUAGUCAUCGUAGCAGAGACCGGAGCUUGAGUGAGGAUGUGGAUUCAGAUGAUAGUGAUGGUGGACGAAGGGAUAGGAAGAAGAGUUCGUCCAGGAAGAUUACAGAAGAGGAAAUAAAGGAGUAUUUGGCUAAGAAAGCUCAGAAGAAGGCAUUACGAGCAGCGAAGAAGCUGAAGGCACAUUCAGUAUCGGGUUACUCAAAUGAUUCAAACCCAUUUGGGGAUUCGAAUCUUAACGAAAAAUUUGUGUGGCGCAAGAAGAUUGAACGAGAUGUUCAACAAGGAGUGCCACUAGACGAAUUCUCCAUCAAAGCCGAGAAGAGAAGACAGAGAGAAAGGAUGGCUGAGAUCGAAAAGGUGAAAAAGAGGAGAGAAGAGAGAGCACUGGAGAAAGCAAGGCACGAGGAAGAAAUGGCAUUAUUGGCCAGAGAACGUGCUCGAGCUGAAUUCCAGGACUGGGAGAAGAAAGAGGAGGAGUUCCAUUUUGAUCAAAGCAAGGUGAGAUCUCAGAUUAGAUUGCAAGAAGGGCGCACAAAGCCAAUCGACAUCCUCUGUAAACAUCUUGAUGGUUCGGAUGACGUGGAUAUUGAACUCAGUGAACCAUAUAUGGUUUUCAAGGGUUUGACGGUUAAGGAGAUGGAAGAGCUUCGUGAUGACAUCAAAAUGUAUUUGGAUUUGGAUCGAGCGACUCCUGUUCAUGUACAAUAUUGGGAGGCACUAAUGGUGGUAUGUGACUGGGAGCUAGCUGAAGCUCGUAAACGAGAUGCACUGGACCGAGCUAGGGUUAGAGGGGAGGAACCUCCCGCUGAAUUGCUUGCGCAAGAAAGGGGACUGCAUUCCGGUGUAGAAGCUGACGUCAAAAGACUUUUGGACGGGAAGACUCAUAAGGAACUCGAAGAGCUGCAAUCUGACAUCGAGUCACAGCUUCGUUCUGGUUCAGCGAAAGUAGUCGAGUAUUGGGAGGCGGUUCUUAAGCGCCUCCACAUAUACAAGGCAAAGGCUUGCUUGAAGGAAAUACAUGCUAAGAUGCUGAGGAAACAUCUGCAACGCCUCGAGCAAUCCUCCGAGGAUGAAGAGAAGAUGGAAAGCGACCAUAAUUUAAAGCAGCCUGUAGAGGAGGAGAGCGAUCGAGAAAUAAAAGAAGCUGAAACAUUUUCUCCAGAGCCUAUUUUAAGAGGAAGAGAAGAGGAAGAAGAAGAAGCUGAUACAGCAGCAGAAGAGGCGGGUUCAUUUUCGCCAGAGCUCAUGCAUGGAGAUGACCAUGAAGAAGCUAUUGAUCCCGAAGAAGACAAGAAGAUACUGGAAAGAAGACGUAUGGCUGUCAUGGAAGAACAGCAGAAACGCAUCAAAGAAGCAAUGUCAUCAUCAAAACCAGCACCAUCAGAAGAUAACUUCGAGCUGAAAGCCAUGAAAGCUAUGGGAGCAAUGGAGGAAGGUGAUGCGGUAUUCGGCUCAGGUGCCGAAGUCAACCUUGAUUCACAGGUAUACUGGUGGCAUGACAAGUACAGGCCGAGGAAACCAAAGUACUUCAACCGUGUCCAUACGGGAUACGAGUGGAACAAGUACAACCAGACGCAUUACGAUCACGAUAACCCGCCUCCGAAGAUCGUACAGGGUUAUAAAUUCAACAUCUUCUACCCGGAUUUAGUGGACAAGAUCAAAGCUCCAACCUAUACAAUCGAGAAAGAUGGGGACAGUGCAGAAACUUGUAUGAUCCGCUUCCAUGCCGGUCCUCCUUACGAAGACAUUGCGUUUAGGAUAGUGAACAAAGAAUGGGAGUACUCGCACAAGAAAGGGUUCAAGUGUACGUUCGAGCGUGGGAUAUUGCACCUCUACUUCAACUUCAAACGCUAUCGAUACAGGAGAUGAUCUCCUUUUUUGGUCGGUUUCUGCAAUCUCCCAACAAGUGCAUGCAUGCAAGAUCGAUCGUAAACUCAGUCUAGUUGGAACAUAUUACGUGUACGCUCAGAAACCCUAAGCCCGUGUCCAUCCACGAGAACAAAUUUAUACAUCGACUCCUCAUUUCAAUACCAAAAACCCUAAUCAUUUUUUUAAAAAAUUGAUCGUGAUAAAUCAUUUAAUCGAUUGUCGGA